AUGGAAUAUAACAUUUGUUCUAAUGAUAGUAAUUUGAAUAAAAUUAUUAUUGACACCUUAAAAAAUUUAGACAAUACUUUUUUUGUAGAAUGUUUAGAUUCUGAAAGCGAUGAAGAACCUAAUAUUUUAUUAGAUAUUGAAUCGAUAUCUAAUAAUAACGAUGAAAUUCCUAUAAGCAUAUUAAAUGAAUUUAGCUUUGUAGAUAUACUAGAUAAUUAUAUUGAAGAUAAAAUUUAUGAUGAAUUAAAAUUAAAAGUUCAACAAUUUUUUGAAAAAAAUGAAUGUUCAUAUUAUUCUAAACUAUCAUGUUUUAGACAAAUUGGAUAUGAAAAGUUUCUUGCACGUCAAGUUGAAUUUGAAAGCCUAGAUAAAAAUAUACAUGAUAUAGUUAUAAAAGGACAACUUAUAGCUUUUUAA